AUGGGCGAGCAGGGAGCCGGGCACCCUGGGCACCCCAGGGCGCAGGCAGCGCUGGAUGAGAUCUGCAACAAAAUUUCAGAUCUAAACAAAUGGAGAGAAAUCUUUCAUUUCCGUGGUUUGGAAAUCAGUACUACUACUCAUCAGGGACGCCCGGGCUGCAGGACAGACGGAGGGCACGGACCAGGUGGUGCCGGAGGGACCCCACAGCCUCGCUGCCCACCCGCGGUGCCCCGGCCUCCCCCGGCCUCCCCCAGGCGGGGCGGCCAGCCCCUCUCGCUGGGCAUGGCGACGGGGCUGCGGAAGGUGCUGUUCGGAGACGCGUCCCGUGUCUUCAGCCGUGACUGGGCACAAGCGCACUUCAGGUUUCGCGAGCCACACUCUGACCUGGCCUACGCUCUGGAGGCAGACAAGGGGGGAACGAGAGCCGUUCUGAUGGCUGUACAAGGGAACAUCAUUAAAUAUCUGCUCUUCGUAAGAAACACAGAAUAUACUCACCUGGAAAGAUUGUGCAAAAUAAGCCAAAAGGAGCAAGGAGAGGCCCUGGCUGCAGCCCUGGCAGACAGCCUCUGGGCAGCAGGAGAAGGUCAGGAAGCCAUCGUCUGCCUUAUCUCAGCAGCCUCCCACUUCGUCCCUACCGCAGACUACAAAGCAGACAACUUCACUGAACGGAUUCAGCUGUUUAACUUUUUUGAGAAAGCAGCAGCUCAGAAAUUUAUCUUCGACCAUAUAAAUUGUUUCAAAAGCGAAGGAAGUAAGGGACUGAUCCUGUUUUUAUACAGUUUACUUUUCUCUAGGACACUGGAAAGGGUCCAAAAAGAUUUAGGUGGCAUGACAGCUCAUCUGUUAGAAUUCAGUUGUGGAAAUGUCAUCUGCACACAGCCACUGCUCCAGGUCGUCCUGGCGGGCAGCGCGUGCCCCGGCCGCCGCUGCGAGGUGGGCUUCCUGCGCUGGAGCCGGGGGGAAGCCGGGCACCGCCUGUCCCCGGUUGGAAGCGUGCUGAAAACCCCUAAAUUUCCUAUCUGGCUGUGCAGCAUCAACGGGAUGCACAGCGUCCUCUUCAGCACCAACAGGCUGCUCUUGUCCGACUGGAAGAUGGAGCAUGUUUUUCAUCUGUACUUCUACAACGGGCAGCGAGGGCAGACGAGAACAGCCCACCUCACAGUAGACACUCACUCCCAUCACUGGGAAGAGGGCCGCUGUGCAGACACAAGCAGCCCAGGGAAGAGGUCUCCGUCUCUAGAGAUGGCAAUCAGGACCAGGUGGCCAGGUGCGGCUGUCAGCUGGAACGGGACGGAUCCCUUCUUCUGA